AUGUUCAACACAGGACCAGGUAUCAUGUUUGAGCAAACCAGCCACCAGUUGUGGCCAAACAUCAACACCAGGGAGCAGCAGCAGCAGGAGCUGCAGGAUUCGUACCCCGUCAACACUCUCGGGGCGGCACGCACGGAGCUUCUGAUCAAGAAGCUCAAGUCCGAGGUGGCAUGGGCUCGCCGCGACGCCGCGAACGCGCGGGCGCGCGUCGGGGAGCUGCAGGGGCAGAUAGCGCAGUACAACAAGCAGCGGCGCCGUUAUGACAAGUCAGUAGUGGAGGAUCUGAUGGCGGCGGAGGACAAUGUCUGCAAAGCAGAGAAGAAUGCAAGCAUCUGGGGCCAGGAGCACAGGGCAAUGAAGGCGUCCAAGGCGCGGAUCAGCGCGCUGUCCGCCGACAACGAGGCGCAGCUGCGGCUGAUGACCAGGGAGGCAAAGGCCCUCAGGGUUGUGGUGGGGUGGCAGCAGGGGCCAGGGGCGGAGGCGGAGGAUGUGGCGCUGGCCACAAGCCAGGCGGCGCUGGCCCACGAGAAGGACGAGGCGGUUGCGAGGGCGUCGGCCCUGCAGGCCGUGGUGGAGAGGAACAUGGCGGCCCUCCAGGCGGCGCAGCAGAAGCUGGCCGGGUUCAAGGCGAGGCUGGAGCAGGAGGAGGAGAAGGUGGUGGCGCUGGAGGCCGGCCUGCGCGAGGCUGUCAACAAGGGCAGGGAGGCCGUGCAGGCCGCGCAGGACGCGCAGCGCGAGCUGGCCUCCUUCGAGGCCGAGUUCAACAAGAUGUCAACGAUCCGUGAGGCAUCUGAGGAGAAGGCGAAGCUGCUCGAGGCUGCCCUCUGGAGGGAGAAGGACCGCUACGUCGCCGCCCAGCAGGCCGCCGCGGCGGCCAAGGAGACUGCCGCCGAGGAGCGCAACGCCGCGGAGAAGACCAUCUGCGAGGAGAUGAAGAUGUACCAGGCCAAGGCCAAGGCGGAGGAGGAGUCGCGCGAUCGGGCAGUCGCGUGUGCCUUCCAGCUCCAGGCCGAGGUGGACCGGCUGAGGGCCGAGGUGGAGGAUGCAAACAGCAGGCGCCUCAGCAGCGCCAGCAGCAACCGCAGCAGUGUCAGGGGCGCGCCCGGCACGCCGCCUGAGGCCACCGCCCCGCCCAGCGCCGCUGCCAGCCGUCGUGACAGCACGUCUGGCGCCGUGGGGGCCGCGCCGGCCUGUGCGCCCAUGCGUCCGCCGCGGCAGUCGUGGGCGGAGGUGUUUGGGCGGCUCCUGUGCCUGCGUGACUGA